AGUCUGAAAUGUACUGCGUUUCGGGGUGCGGAGGAAAAAGUGUGUCAAUUUUGUGUUUUUGUGUCUUGCAAAAAUUGUAAUUUUCUAUUUCUUCAUUUCCCAUUGAAGAAUAAAAGUUCUGUGUAGUCCUUCCUGUCUAAGCGUGUUGUCCAAAAAUUGAUCUCAAUGAAUUUGUAAAAUAUUGGGAGCGUUACCAAGAAAAUCGUGUGGAAAAUGAGUUUCCAGGAAGCGGCGGGUACACAGGAGUUAUCAUCUGUGGAGAAAUAUGAGUUGGAGUGGAUUGAACUAUGUACUGAUCUGUCGCAAUGUGAAAAUCUGCAGAAACUACGCACGAAGGCACUUGAGGGGGAUUUGAAAGUCUCAAAAUUUCGAAGUAUCUGCUGGGCCCUCCUUCUCCGGGUCUUGGAAUUUGAUCCUACGAAUUGGCUACAGCAGCGGCGGGAAGCGCGGAAAACGUACAGAGAGCUGAAGGCACAAUUCAACCACAAUCCCUAUCAGGGAAAUCAACCUGAUGAUGAUCCACUGUCACAGUCCAAUGAGAGUGUGUGGAAUCAGCAUUUUUGUGACCAGGAAUUGAGCAAAUUAAUCCGACAAGAUGUCCAGAGAUCAUUUCCUGGCAUUGAUUUCUUCAGAAAGCCCCAAAUUCAGGAGAUGAUGACAAAUAUUCUCUUCUGCUACGCCCGGAGUAAUCCGGCAAUUUGCUACCGGCAAGGAAUGCACGAACUCCUGGCCCCGAUUAUCUUUAUCAUUCACAGUGAUCAUCGGGUGUUGUCGCACGUAAAAGAUCUCGUGCAUAGUGUAAACCAUACUCUCUAUGAAGUUCUCAACCCAGAAUUCCUUGAGGAUGAUAGCUAUGCUCUUUUUGUGAAGCUUAUGGAAAAAAUGGAGAAAUACUACAAAAUCAGCGGAGUAGUUCCUGAUCCUUCGGGUCAUUUGCCAUCUGUUCCAACUACAUCCUUCAAGACUUCAAGGGACAGUGCAACAGGAGAGAUUGAAAAAUACGUAAAGGCUCUGCAGGAAAACAUUCUCGCCAAGCAUGACGUUCAACUGCAGGAUCAUAUCAUUAAGCUAGACGUGCCACUCUCAAUUUUAGCCAUACGAUGGUUUCGCGUUCUCUAUGGGAGAGAAUUCUCCUUUAUGGAUGUUCUCAUACUCUGGGAUGCAAUUUUUGCCUCCGGAAAUGACUUAGAAUUGAUUCCCUACGUAGCUGCUACCAUUCUUAUUAGUGUUCGUGAUGUUAUCCUAACAGCUGACUACUCCACAGUUAUCAAUACUCUCAUGAAGUAUCCAAAUCCCGUGGAUAUUUAUUUAAUUGUGAAGUAUUCCCUCCACAUGUUGCGACCAGAGAAACAUAUACGACCAAGCGGAGUAUUUACUUACGUUGCACCACGAUACAUUAAACAAAUUUCCUUGGAUUCACCGCGAUCGAUGACUUUGUCCAAGAACGUGGCAUCCUAUCAUGGACGCCCUAGGAGGGAGAGUGAGCGUCAGAGGACAUCCUCCCUGUCGCGGAUCCACACUUCUGACUACCUCAAGAAUUUGGCUGUAAUGAAUGUGAUGACUGACACAAACCUCGAUUACCAUGACAGUGAGGUGGUGGAGGGAUACUUUGAGAACGAUCCGACUGUUCUUCGACUGGAGCUGCAGCACGCCUAUAGUAUUAUCAACAUCACAAAAGCCAAAUUGAAGAGGUACACCACAGUCCUACGGCAGCAAGCACCCGCACAUAGUGCCCAUGAGUACUAUCGGGUUGUCGAUGGGAUUGACGAGCUUUGCUCACUUUUGAGCACACGUUCCACAAAUUGCUCCAACAGGCAACCACCCGUGGAGCCAGCAUUUGAGGCCAAUGAAACAGGCCAUGGGAGACCAUUAGACUUCUACUUGCCACCAAAUACAUUGCCCCUGGCUCGUCGUCACAAGCCCAAAAUGCCGGAGAAAAUAGAAUCUGCAAAAAAUCUCAAGAAGCUCCACGUGGACAAAUCUUUCGAGGUGGUUCCUGCCGAUGAAGCAACAUCCAACAAGGAUGAGCACUGGCAACAGACUGAAGCAUCACUGUCAAGUAGCUACGAACGCCCCAACACUCUCGUCUCCCGGAAGGCUGCAAAAAUCAUCGGGAGUCGGAAGUCUGUUGAAAUGAGGAUUAUGCAGCGACAUUCGGAAUCUUCCACCGAUGAUCCACGUUCUGAGGCAUCAACGAGCUCUCAGAAAAUUAUUCCACAUCCCGAAAAGGUCAUGACCCCUCUGCAAAAUAAUCCAUGAAGAUUUUUUAAAAUGAUUUUGUGUGAUUUUUUCUUUACAAAUUUGUGAUAGGACGAAGAAAAAAAAAGUUUUGAAACAAAUUUUAUAUUAUAUCAAUACAACACAAAAUGAACAAUGAAUGUAAUUAAUCAAAAUAAAUCAUUUUUUUUAUUUCUCAAUAAA